AUGCCCACCUACGAGCAGGACGGCAAGGAGACGCCCUCCUCCUGCGCCUUCUCCCGCUGCCAGGCUCUCGGAGUCGGCACCCUAGGCGUGGAGGAGCGGCCGUUCGAGCCUCUGGACGACCUGUACUUUCCGGGCAGCCCGUACCGGGUGCAGCGGCACGCGGCCAACAUCCGCGAGCGCAAGAGGAUGCUCAGGAGCCUGAUGAGCCCAACUGGUAACACUUGUUCCAGCAUCAACUCGGCGUUCGAGGAGCUGCGCGUGCACGUGCCGACGUUCCCGUACGAGAAGCGGCUGAGCAAAAUCGACACGCUGCGACUGGCGAUCGCCUACAUCGCGCUGCUGCGCGAGGUGCUGGACAGCGACCUAGACCCCAUCACCUACAUCGACAAGUGUCUGCGUGGCGAGAUCCGCACCGAGGGCAGCGUCGAGUGGAACACCUCAGACCUGACGGCGAGGCUGUCCUGGAUCAACUGGGAGAACCUGGGAGUGAACCCGGCCCGGCGCAGCGUGCUCACCUCGUUCUCGGUCAGCCACGACCUACCAGGCAACUAACCGGGCUGAGCUGCGGGCGCCGGCCCGACCCACCGACCGCCCACCAGCCGGGUGGAGUCGGUGUCACCGAGUCGGUGUCCAUUUGCGACUCGGAGCCCCGGUGGCGAAGUCAGAUGUCCGCAGAGGCAGAUUCAGAUGUCCCCAGAGGCACUCUCGAAGGUCUCCAAAUACGGACUCGAGCGGUUUCGAACGGAGGCGUCGUGGCGGAUGUUCCACUGGUGGAGGUUUCCGCUUUACUACGUCUUCGAAGGCGGUGCGCCAGAAGAUUUGUAGACAUUGUCAUGAAGUCAGCAAGUCCCAGUACGGCAAUGACGCCUAUCUCCACACCGCGGACAAGACUGCUCUGUUAGGCAGUGCGCUAUUUUUGCUAUAGCUGUGGAUCCCUGUCACGCCAAGGAAGAUGCUUCGCUCUACUCCAACGGAGGCAUCUUGUCCGGUAGCAUACGUAGCAUAGUAUCCAGCGCGUUACUCUGCUCUGCGUGUGCUGCAGCUUGACGGAGCGUUCACGUUCUUCCAUGGACAGGUUUUUAACCUUCAUUUAAUGAGGGCGGGCCUCCGACCUCCCCUCAAGGUUUUUCCGGCACAGCUUCCGAACUGCUUUAGGCACCACACCAAAAUUUUGGGCAGCUUAAAUUAUAUAAUGUUUUCACGUGGUGUCAAAUUAAGUUCCUGACCUUGACCUGCCAUGUUAUCGCAGAAAACGCACUUCAUAACCGUUUUGGAGACUGAUUUGACCACCUUGAGCAAAUUUGACCCGUAAAAAUGACUUUUGGCAUUGUUUCGUCGAGCCUAGAUUGUGCGGUUUGACGACAGUUUUCUAACGCCUUUACUCCAGCGGCUCUGACAUGCUUACUUUUUGAUAUAUUUAAUUGACCUCUGAAGCCCCCCUCCUGGAGCAAAGGUGCAAACAACUGUCGUAAGACGACGGCUUAGAACGUUGAUAUAGAUGGCAGCAAUGCCUGAAUCUGUAUUGCACUUGAUGUGAGUGUUUAUCUAGUCAUUAUCAGCUGUCGUCCUUGGGCAGGUGCCAGCUCCUCGAGACAGACCGUACAGAAUCAGCGCCAUUUUCGGUCAUUUCGUUCCAUUCCACGCCCAUCCAGUGUAUAUAGUUCGUAUAGCUCUGUGCAUUAACGCUUGUUUGUGCCACCUUAGCGUUAUGGAGCUCGGAGAAACCACUCCAAAGACUUGCAGCUGUCGACAUGUGCAACGUUGAAAUGGUGCUGGCAUGACCCGCGCCAGAAGGUCUGCUGGACAUGUCGGGGACUUUGUGCAAUGCUUUUGAUGCCAACAACUGAUCUCAUUUGAGCCAAAGACUUUGAGGAAGGGGAAGAACAGCCACUAGAACCCUUCUCAGGCUGUUUUUGCAUUUGUUUCUGACUGCUGCUAAGGUGUGAGUGUCAACGGUGCCAAA